CCGAGUACACGCGAAGCAAACGACCUUCUACAACCAAAACCUAGUCGGCACGACAUCAACAAUGUCACAACCAUCAGAGGAUAACAACGUCGCCGUCACAAGGACAGACGAAGGAAUCACAACCAUCACCAUCUGUCGACCUCACCGACGCAAUGCCGUCAACCCAGCGACAGCACAACUCCUCUACUCUGCAUUCCUGGCCUUCGAAGCCGACACAACCCAAAAAGUAGCUAUCCUCACUGGAUCAGACGGAUUCUUCUGCGCCGGCGCAGAUCUCAAAGACCUUACUGCAACAGCAUCAUUCAACAACCAGACCAACACCUCCAAUGACCCCAACAAGGGCGACAACCUCCAACCCGUCUCUGGCCGCAACCUCGGUCCCAUGGGUCCCUCCCGCCUCCAAGUGUCCAAACCCGUCAUCGCCGCGAUAUCCGGAUACGCCGUCGCGGGCGGGCUUGAACUAAGUCUCCUGGCGGACCUCCGCAUCGUGGAAGAAGACGCCAUCUUCGGCGUAUUCUGUCGUCGUUGGGGCGUACCCUUGAUCGACGGCGGAACCGUGCGACUGCCUGCAAUCAUUGGACUCGGUCGAGCCAUGGAUAUGAUUCUCACGGGCCGAGCGGUUUCAGCACAGGAAGCUCUAUCGAUGGGAUUAGCGACGCGGGUUGUACCGAAAGGAAGUGCGUUGCUGGAGGCGACAAAUAUGGCGAAGCAAUUGUUGAGGUUUCCCCAGAUGUGUAUGAAUCUUGAUAGAGAUUCGGCGUAUUAUGCGGUUUAUAAUGCAAAGGGGUUUGAAGAUGCAUUGAGGAAUGAAUUUGAGAGGGGGAGGAAGGUGAUUGGCGUGGAGAGUUUGAAGGGGGCAGCGAGGUUUACGUCGGGGUUGGGCAGGGGUGGGAGGAUGGAUAAAUUAUAG